GCGAGCUUUGUGCGCGCGCUCACAGAAGGCGAAUGCGGUAGCCUACGAAAAAACAAGCAGGCAGCGCUGGAGAGGCUAGACGGGCACAGUUUACCUUCACAUCAGAAGAUCAUAUUUUGGAGCGGAAAUUUCACGCCCUGUCGGGUCGUGUUACCGUCGGAGACGGCUGGGGAUAUUCACGAGCAGAAACAAUAGGAUGCAGUGUAGACUUGGCUGGUGACUAGUCUGCAGGCUCUCCACUUCUCUUGUCCCUGGAGUCAGGCAGUUUGGGGGGGCAGAUUCCUGCAUUCCCCUUCUCUCAGUCUGAAUCUUUUUUUUGUCGGGACAAAACCAACUGCCUGCCAUUGGAGUACACAGUUCAUCCACAUCCGUGUUGCUUGGAUCAGCACAGCUCAUCUCCUGACUGAGGAGAGCGCAGCAGCUGCACAAGAUUCGCCUUCUACCAACUGAUCCCUCCCAGGCCCGCCCACACUGCCCCGUCACCAUGGUGCUGUCACAACGGCAACGAGAUGAACUAAAUCGAGCGAUAGCCGAUUAUCUACGUUCCAAUGGAUAUGAAGAGGCAUAUUCCACUUUCAAGAAGGAGGCGGAAUUAGAUAAUAAUGAGGAAUUGGAUAAGAAGUACGCUGGCCUUUUGGAAAAGAAAUGGACCUCAGUUAUCAGAUUACAAAAGAAGGUGAUGGAACUUGAAUCCAAACUGAAUGAAGCUAAAGAGGAGAUCACCCUGGGUGGGCCCGUAAGUCAGAAACGUGACCCCAAAGAGUGGAUCCCACGCCCGCCAGAAAGGUACGCGCUGAGUGGUCACCGCAGUCCAGUCACCCGCGUCAUCUUCCAUCCGGUCUUCAGUGUCAUGGUGUCAGCUUCUGAGGAUGCAACAAUAAAGGUGUGGGACUAUGAGACAGGAGACUUUGAGCGCACACUGAAGGGCCACACAGAUUCGGUGCAGGACAUCUCUUUUGACCAGACUGGCAAGCUGCUAGCUUCCUGCUCUGCCGACAUGACUAUCAAACUGUGGGAUUUCCAAGGCUUUGAGUGCAUCAGGACUAUGCAUGGACAUGACCACAAUGUUUCAUCUGUAGCCAUCAUGCCCAAUGGAGAUCAUAUUGUUUCUGCCUCAAGGGACAAAACCAUAAAGAUGUGGGAGGUGGCGACUGGCUACUGUGUGAAGACCUUCACAGGUCACAGGGAGUGGGUCCGUAUGGUGCGGCCCAACCAGGAUGGCACAUUGCUUGCCAGCUGCUCCAAUGACCAAACAGUGCGUGUGUGGGUUGUGGCCUCCAAAGAGUGCAAGGCUGAGCUGCGGGAACACGAACAUGUGGUGGAGUGCAUCUCCUGGGCACCAGAGAGCGCCUAUCCCACCAUCCUAGAUGCCACAGGCUCGGAGACCAAGAAGAGUGGUAAGCCAGGCCCCUUCCUGCUGUCUGGCUCCAGAGACAAAACCAUUAAGAUGUGGGAUGUCAGCACUGGCAUGUGCCUUAUGACACUGGUUGGCCAUGACAACUGGGUGCGUGGCGUCCUCUUCCACCCUGGAGGCAAAUUUAUUGUGACCUGUGCAGAUGAUAAGACCUUAAGGAUCUGGGACUACAAGAACAAGCGCUGCAUGAAAACCCUGUGUGCCCAUGAACACUUUGUUACCUCUCUUGAUUUCCACAAGGCUGCACCCUACGUGGUCACUGGGAGUGUAGAUCAAACAGUAAAAGUGUGGGAGUGCCGCUGAUUUGGACCUUGGAGAAUUGGACCACCACCCCAAUUACCCAGGCGCUCCUCUGGAUCCCACCUCCCCUCCUGCCAUCUCAUCUCCCCAUUCAUCCCACCUCCCCCUCACCUAACCCAAACCUCACCCGCACAUCAUCAUCUCCUCCGGCUGCACUUACCACCAUGGUUAUUUACCCAUUGCGCUCUCUGGUCCAGUAACUAUUGUCCUUCUAUGUAAAUUAUUCCUGGAUGUAGAUCGAGCUAUUAAAUGUUACACAAAAAAAAGUAUUCUUGCAUGGUAAUCCAAAAUUGUAUACUGUAAAUUUACAUAACGUCUAGAAGUACCAUAGGUUUACCACGGGGCUGGCCGUCUGUCACGCAGCCUUACCGACCACCCGAAGGCAGAUGUUUUUUGACUGGGUGUAAAAUGUAGGGCACUAAAAACUGAUAAUUUAAGAAAUGACAGUGUCUUUAUGUGUAAGAUUUCUUUUGUCUAUUUUUUUAUUUAGGAUUUUUUUUUUCUGUUAUUUCUCUCCUUCACUGUCGUAGUCUGUUGGUGCCUAGCUUGGUGAAACUUUGGAGAGAUAAGGCAGGACAAGCAUAUAUGAUGAUGCGAUAAGAUACGAUUGUCUGUGGGGCUUUGUUAUUGAAAUAAUCUGUAGCUUUAUAACAUCACUUCUCAAGUGUGCAUACCAUUUCUCUUCAUGUGGAACUAGGUAAUAUUUUAAUGGCUGUAUAUACGAAUGUCUCAAACUGUUUUCCUUGGACCUCGGGGGCUUAAAGCAGCUUUGUACUCUUGUCAUGGUGGCACAUGAAUUACUGCUAGACGUUGGAUAAAUUAUCCCCUGUAAUGAAUCUGCAGAGAAGAAUCAAAAGUUAAAUUGUCUAGAAGUGGCUUUGUGAAUGCACCGAGUUUUUCACAUAAAGCCCAAAUGUAGAGAGCAGGUUUGAUUGGCGUUCGUUGUCAGUCAGCGCCUCGGUCACGCUAACACCUGAGUUCAGGGAUUACGCCUAUUUAAUCUCUCGCACUUGAUAAAGACCUUGGGUGUGUCUCUGUUUCAGAGACGAUUUCCUGUGACCUUGCAUGUCAGAUUCUCUACACUUCUAGUCCUUUGACCAGUCAGUCUGGUCAGGGUUUGGUGUACCAUUGGAAAUAUGUAAAAGUCAGAAGUUGGCACCUCUGAAGACUACAAACUUGAGCCUUGUGAGAAAUAAUCUGGAAAAAGAAGGCACGAUGUGGAGUCAAAGUGAGCCCCCUGGGUUUGAUAUCUGGGAUGUGCAAAGAUCUCUAAUUUCUGAGGGGUGAAAUAUAUGUUCUGCUUAAUAAAAAUGGUUUUGAGUAAAAAAAUAAAAAUAAAAUAAAAAUCAGUUUUCUGUGAAAAUAUGACAUGUAAAUUUAGCUUGUUAUUAAGAGAUUUGGCAAUUUUGUAUUAUCGCACUAAAGGAUGAACUGGAUGGGAAUUUUGCAUUAGUGAGGAAAUGCUAGCAGCAGACAUGUUAAAUGAUCUCUUGUUGCUGCUGUUGUGUCUGCUGAGGGGUCUGAUGCUGAGGUUGUGUUUUUUUGUUGUUGUUAAGAGCUCCUCGCUGUUUAAGGGAGGCAGUGGCAGCUCCUGGAUCAGAUGCAGAGGAGAAUGCUAAAGCCUGAGCAGCGAGGAUCUUUGCAGACAAACCCCACAGACCAUCUCGUGUAUGCAAAAGUCUUCUGGGUGGCUUUCCUCAAACUGUAAAAUGGGAAGAUUUUGGAAAGACUGGAACAUGCCUGUAAACCAGUCCAUGCUGUAGAAACAACCAUUCCACUCCCUUUGGAGGACAACAAAUGAAACAUCUUGCUUCUGAUUGUAGCUGACAAGGUGGUUCAUUAAUCUUGCACAUCCCUGUUUUCACAAAAUCUUUGGUCGUUGAUGAUCAAAGACAACAUUAAAAUUUAAUGAUGUUGAUAAAUGCAUAAACCUAUAAUUUCUGAUUAGCCUUUUCAUUCCAAUGCAGUUCUUGGCUAAUAAAGAAUUCCACUGCUUAACUGA